AUGCCCAUCGACAUUGACCACGCGAGAAAUUAUGCAAGCUCCAGGCAGACCACGACUCCUCUCUCUUCUCAAGAAGAGAAAGAUCUCAUACUGGAAGCCCUCGCUUUGCGAAAAGAAAAGCUCAGAGCUCUUGCAAGUAUCGUUAACAACAUGUCUGCCGAGCUGACUGAUAGAGAGAUCGUCCAUAUGUACUAUCGGGUGGAGGUUGGCUCUUAUCUCUUACCAGCUUCGAACUUCAUCGCCAACGAGAAUCCCUCCGAAGCCGAGGCUAUGGUCAAGCUUGCUAGAGAAUCUGCAAAUAAAUCCAAAAAUCCGCUCCUGGUUGCCAAGUGUGAAUUCUGGAUGGGUCGAGUUGAGUUUCUACGCGGAAACAUGCGCAAAGCUCACGAGCACUUCGUAAAAGCGAAUCUUUGCGCCAUGGAUCCGAAAGAGGGCGUCGAAUGUCAGGACUUGAGCUUUUUUCUGGAUAUUACCAGGCAUGGAAUUAGUGAGCAAACUCGGGCUGCAAGACUACGUGCUCAUGAGGAGGCUAUCGCUGCGCACGUGCGAUUUGACAAGACUACGAACAACUCUGUCUCGACCGAAGUUAAACGCAAGCGACCAUUGAGAACAUGGAAAGGGGCUCUCGUCAAACUACAGCUACCAUUGGUCAAGCAACGCCCACUUGCUAAAAUCAGAAAGCCCCGGUGUAAGGUGCCGACUCGACGAAAGGUGGACGAGAAACAUCUGCAGCAAGAGAUCGACGAUGAGACAAGCUUGAAGAACGAGGUUCUUGGAAAGGUCCUUGCAGAAGAGCUUGGGUACGAGACUUGGAGCGAUUCUGAGGAUGACACCGAUACCGAUACUGAUAAUGAGUCUGAUGACGAUCACAGCGGAGACCCUGCAGAUGGUACAGAUGACACCGCAGAUGAGAAAGCAGAAAAAUCUCCAGAUGCUCCUGAUAAGCCCCGAGAAUCAGAGCCCUCCAUUGACCCACCCACGGCCCCGGUCAAAGUUCCGUCUGAUCAAGCCGCGUAUGAAAUGCCCAAGCCGGGAUCGGCCCGGGCCCGGUUCAGACAAGAGUGUUUCCAUAUGGGCCUCACAUCAGUCCUCAACGGAGAACCCUAUGAGCGUCCGAAAGAACCAUUUGUGUUUGGAAUCCCCCACGAACCGACAAAGCAAACCCAGUUUCGGCUUGGGUUUUUCAAGGUUGGCCUCGCAAAACGCUGCCGCCCAAUGACCAUUUUUCCAAAGCAGGAUGGUGAAAUCACUAUUUCUCCCGAGGAAUGGAAAUCUAUCGAACAUGAUGCUCGUAAUAAGAUUGUGACCUAUGAAUACUUGCGGAGGGAGAGAUAUGAACUAAUUAAGGUUGCCGAGGAGAUGUGA